AUAUUUCAUGUCUCAAAUUUCCGUGAGCAUUAAUGGGUCAAGGAGAAAGUUGGGGUACCUUUCUUGUGGUACGGGGAACCCCAUUGAUGAUUGUUGGAGGUGCGACCCCAACUGGGAAAGGAAUCGUAAGCGUUUAGCUAGUUGUGGUAUUGGGUUCGGCAAGAAUGCCAUUGGUGGAAGAGAUGGGAAACUAUACGUGGUGACUGACCCCAGUGAUAACCCUAUGAACCCUAAACCAGGUACGUUGAGACAUGGUGUUAUCCAAGAAGAGCCUUUGUGGAUCAUUUUCAAGCGUGACAUGGUGAUCAAGCUACACAUGGAUCUCCUUGUUAAUUCUUACAAAACCAUUGACGGAAGAGGAGCAACUAUCCACAUUGCUGGAGGGCCUUGCAUUAAAGUGCACAACAAGAGGAAUAUCAUAAUUCAUGGCAUACACAUUCAUCAUUGCAAACGAGGUCGGAGUGGAUAUGUCACUGAUUUUCCUAACCAUCGCACUUGGAGUGCAAGAUCGGACGGUGAUGGGAUCACAAUCUCUGGUGGGAAUCAUGUUUGGGUGGACCAUUGCUCCUUGUCAAACUGUUUUGAUGGCCUUAUUGAUGUUGUUCAUGGUUCAACGGCCAUCACCAUUUCCAACAAUUACAUGACACACCAUAACAAGGUCAUGCUCUUGGGCCACAGUGAUUCCUAUAAAGAUGACAAGAAUAUGCAAGUCACCAUAGCCUUCAACCAUUUUGGAGAAGGGCUAGGAGGAAGAAUGCCUAGAUGCAGGUUUGGAUACUUUCAUGUCGUGAACAACGAUUACAUACAUUGGCAGCAUUACGCAAUAGGUGGAAGUUCAUCCCCAACUAUUUUCAGCCAAGGCAAUAGAUUUCUUGCUCCGAAUGAUGAAGACCAUAAAGAGGUGAGAGUUGCAUUUUGCGAAGUUCUUCCAUGAUGGUAAUUUUAAUAAACUGAAAAAGACAUUGGGUGGUUUCAGGUGACCAAACAUUUUAAAUCGUCAGAAGGAGAGUGGAAGAAAUGGAAUUGGAGGUCUGAAGGAGAUCUAAUGUUGAAUGGCGCCUUCUUCACACCGUCUGGGGCAGGAGCAACAGCUAGAUAUGAUAGAGCGUCAAGCAUGGCAGCAAGACCACCUCUACUUGUGCCUUCGAUGACGGCAGGGGCUGGUGCACUUAGAUGCAAAAAUGGCUACCUGUGCGGGCACUAGCAAACCAACAAAUUCAAAAUAUGCAACAAUUUCCAUUUUUCCAGUGAGUGUUGUAAGAUGUUACAUUCAUUCCUAUGAAGGGGCAAUGUAAGAUGGAACCGUGUCGUGGGUGAAGUAAUAUAACAUAAUAGAGUAUUAGAGAUAAAUUGCUAUCUAAGUUAAUGAAUCUGCAAUAGACUGAUUCCUGUUUGCAUGCUUCACAUGCUUUUAGUACGCUACUGUUGCACUACUACGCUAACAGAAUUAAAUUGCUCCAGACAAGAAUGCAUAUCAGAUCCACACUGCCAACUCCAGCCUAAGAAUGAACAAAUAUUGGAUUGCAAACAGUUAAACCAAGAUGCGAUAAAUUUAUCAGUUUCAAACUUCUUAUUGGUCGUUCGAGUUCCAAUUAAUUUUGUCAAAUAAAAUUGCACUACCACAAUAAAAUCUGGGACUUUAAUGCUCUAACACUUUCGCCCAGACUACAUUCACUCAAAGAACCAAUCAUUUGGGGCCCAAAAUAAGACUUAGAUAACAAAAUUUUACUCGGCCUACAAACAAAGGUUAAAAUGUCUAAACAAAAACAACUAAUCCAUAAUGUUUUAAAAAUCAAAAGAUAACAAUUGCAUUAAAAAAAAAAACAAAAACAAAAAUAGCCGCCCAAGUCCGAUACAAACCGGGCCAAAAUCUUACAUUUCAAG